AUGGGCAAAUUCAGCAUUGCCAUUUUAUUAUGCUUUCUGCUGGUGCUUGUUCUACUUGGACAAAACCAGGCUUUUAAAACACCAAUCUCAGCUUCACAGCCACAACGCCAAGGCAACCAUGCUACGUAUGGUGCCACUCAAGGCAGCCUUCGUCCUCAGGAAUGUGCACCGAGGUGCACCACUAGGUGUUCAGCGACGGCAUACAAGAAGCCAUGCCUGUUUUUCUGUCAAAAAUGCUGUGCGAAGUGCUUGUGUGUGCCUCCUGGAACGUAUGGGAACAAACAGUCUUGCCCUUGCUACAACAACUGGAAGACCAAGAGAGGAGGCCCCAAAUGCCCUUGA